GUUUUGGACGAGGCACAGCCGGGUAAAGAGAAGUGGAGUCUUAGCGAGCUGCAGCGAAGUAGAGAGGGAAUACAUUUUUGGCAUGACAUCGGCAGGAAUAGACACUGCGUCUUUGUACGCAGCUUCCUCUCUGCAGUUUGGACCCCAGUAAGGGUCCGAGCAAACAUUCCUCUGUCUCCAGUUUCUGAGUCCCUCAGUGUUUUCCCUUUACUUUAAGGGACAAAGCUAUAACAUUUUUAACAGGGCUUCAUUUAGACAAAUAGCCAACUUUUAAACAGGAUUUUCUUUUCUAACCAAGUUUUUAGAUAUUAAAAACUAUUCUACAUUUAUGUCUUUGCUGUUUGGUUUUUCUUUACGGUCCUGCUGGUGUAAGAUUGAGGCACAAGCUAAUGUUUUAGUUCUCCAAAUCUCUGAACAUGAAACUGUUAAGCUUUUGGUCUCUGCUCCUGUGGAUCAAGGCUGUUGAUCCAACAUGGGAAUGUGGCUUCAGGGCAUUCCAGUGGAGACCAGAGCAGGGGCAAGUGGCAUAAAGAUGCCUGUUCUGGACUUGCCGAACCCUUUCUGGGUUCUGUUGCUCAGCUUGUUGCUCCUUUGCAUCCCUCCGAGCCACACAGCAAAAUGUCCACAGCAGUGCAUUUGUGACCAGAUCCAACUCAAAGUGGCCUGUGUGAACAAAAACCUGACCCAAGUUCCUUCCACUGUUGAUGAGAUAACCGUGAAGCUGGAUCUCCGAGGCAGUGACAUCCAAGAACUUCCCUCAGGAGCUUUUAAACACACUCCCUAUCUGACUCACCUUUGGCUGCCGAGGUGUAACAUCCGGAGAGUUAAGGAGGGGGCUUUCCGUGGCCUUGGCCGCCUGGUCUUCCUUAACCUGGCCUACAACAACAUAGAGAUUCUCUACCAGGAGUCUUUUGAUGGCCUUUCCUCGCUGAAGCAGCUGUUCAUCGACCAUAACCGUGUGGAAGAGAUAAAGCCUGGAGCGUUCUCUCAGCUGGGCUUCCUCAACCUUCUCUCUGUCACCCACAACCAGCUGGUCUACAUGCCCCACCUGGCCUUCCAGGGCUUGCAGAACAUCAAGUGGCUUCGUCUCAGUCACAAUUCUCUGAAUUACCUGGACACUGAGGCGUUCGCUGGCUUGUUCACGCUCAACCGACUCAGCCUAGACCACAAUGAGCUGCAGUUUUUUCCAACUGAAACCAUGACAAGGCUGCCAGAGGUGACUCGUCUGGACCUUAGCUAUAACCCCAUGACGUAUCUGGGAGAGAACGCAGUGUCCAUGGCAAAGCUGACACACCUCUUCCUGGACCACAUGUCCCUGCAGGACCUGGUCAACACCGCUGUAUCGAAAUCUCCCAACCUUGUACACCUGGACAUCAGUCAUAACCAGCUGCGUGUCCUUCAGCCCUUUUCUGAAGGCUCACCUAAGCUGGCACGUCUCAGCCUGGCUGGGAACCCCAUCAACUGCAACUGCUACUUGAGUCCACUCAGAGAGUGGGCAAUCUAUCGCAAAGUGAAGCUGCUGGGGACGUGUGGAGGACCGGCCCAUCUUUCAGGGGAGAGCCUGGAGGCUGUCUACCCUAAAGAGCUGCGCUGCCAGAGCCAGGAAGCCAUGCUGAAGGCAGAGUUUGAGGAAGCAACCAGGAUCACUCCACCACCCACCCAAGAGCCAGAAAACAAGAUCAAAUGUCCUGCCAACUGUGUCUGUGAGCAGGCAGAGACACACCACUCUUCAUGCGAGAACCGCGGCCACACCAAAGUGCCUCGAGGUUUCUCUCCUGAGACACGUCUUCUUGACAUGCGAGGCAAUAACUUCCACUACAUUCCCAGCAACAGUUUCCCUGGUGUGGCCCAGGUGGUAUCGCUGCACUUGCAGCGCUGCAAGAUUGUGGAUGUGGAGGUCGGGGCUUUCAGCAGUAUGAAGGGACUGAUAUACCUCUACCUGUCCGAGAACGACCUCACGUCCCUCAGUCCUGAAGCCUUUAAAGGUCUGCCGCAGCUGACUUACCUCUACCUGGAGAAGAAUCGCUUUGCUGAUUUCCCCAAAGGAGCCUUUAAAUUGGUGCCUAGUCUGCUAGCACUUCACUUGGAGAACAAUGCCAUCACCAAGUUGGAGGCUGGUAUUCUGACUGGAGCUUUGGGUCUCAGAGCUCUUUACCUCACUGGAAACAACAUCGGGAACAUUUCACCCAGGGCUUUGGAUCAGGCCAGUGGUCUAGAAAAGCUCCACCUGGGGGGAAACAAGCUGAAGGAGGUGCCCACCGAGGCACUGAGCAAGGCAAGGAACAUCAAGGACCUCAGGCUGUCCGGUAAUUUGAUCCGCUGGGUGGGCCCGAACGCUUUUAAACCGCUGGAGGGAUCUCUGAAGGACCUGUAUCUGGAUAAGAUGGGGCUGGAGAAGAUGUCUGAGAACUCCCUAGUUGGUGUGGGUCCAAGGUUAAGGAGUCUGUUUCUGGAAGGUAAUAAGUUGGAAGAGGUGCCCGACUUCCACCAACUCGCAUCCCUGGAAGUCAUCAACCUGGCCGACAACCCUCUGAUGUGCGACUGCCCUCUACUGCCGCUACGCCUGUGGAUUGAGAAGGUUAAUCUCAAGGUGAGAGCCACUUGCGCUAAUCCCCCUGAGGUGAAGGGCCGAAAGGUCAAAGAUGUCUACGUGUUCAAGGCAUGUUCGGGUGGAGAAAGUCUUCCACAUAAGGCCACUGGCACGGAAAAGCAGCACAAGAGGUUAUCCAGUGUCAGUGUUAUUUGUCGCCAUGGUAGACGAAGGUUCAGGGCAUGCGCAAACCAGAAGUUGCGCUAGACUUUUUUGUUGUCGCACAUUUGAACUGACUGCGUCAAAAAUAUUCUGUCGUAUUCUAUUUAAAUGACAUCGACGUGGGUUACUCUGUCGCAUCUAAUUGUUAUGCAGUUUAAUUAAUAUUCAACAAGUUGAACAGACAAUCCAGAUCCCAUCACACAUAAAAAAAACCCAAAAUACACCACCAUGGUGGACAUCCGAUAAUGAGGAUUAAGUUAAUAGUAAAAUCACAAGCUAUGCUCCACCCUCACCAUCCAUAGACGUGUGUAUGUCUAUGUUCUCUACUGAGCAUGCAGGGACACUUUUAGGCGGUUUGCAACAAGCACAUUUAAUUGAAAAUAACUUAGCAGGUGUUGAUGCUGCAUUUUUGCCUCUGUCUGUACAUUAAAAAAUAAAGUGUUCUAGAUGACGCAACAUAUUACUUUAGUACUUA